UCGCUGUGGAGCUGUGCAGGGCAGCAGGAGGAGCCGACACUAACAGAAAGGAGUGAUUCAAAGAAAGACAAGAACGCUGCUCAAAUGCACAAAAUUGGGCUUUGAAUUGCGCCGGGAGGAACGGUCGGUGGUUUAUCCGGAGCCUUUGGUUUGGACAGAAAGGGUGUAGACUACGGACACAGCAACCCCCUUCCCUCCCACCCAAAAACAGCAAAAGGAAUCGGAAAGAGGGAAGGAGCCAGGCUUAGUAUGUUAUUGGAGAAAGUCACUCAGCACUGGCAGUUGGGUCCAUGUUAAUGUAAUGGAAACACCCUUUUAGUCGGUAGCAUCUGAAAUGCAUCAGCGGAAAUAUAUCAGUGACUUCCAUGGCUAAUUCUAUCAAGUGGUGGUGGCUUGAAUUUCCCAGUGGAUGCACUCAAGAGCCGGGUGCCCUGCCAUGCCCAGCGCCAUGCUAAGACAACAUGGUCAUAAUAACAAGGAGCACUUAGUUCAACCAGUGGGGAAGCUAUGGAAAAAGUUGGUGGAAAAUCUAUGGUUUGAACCUCGACUUUGACUUCCUUUUUUCUUUUUGACCUAGAUUUUCUGUAACGCUCCACAGCUCAGCUGCUUUUCCUGCCAUCCACAGCAGCUCUGCUUCUUUCUCUACUUUCACUCUACUCGCCUUCACUCUUGUUGCUUCUUAAAACCAAGGACAGCUGAACUGCAUCCUCCUUUCUGAGAGGUACAAUUGCACCUGACAAAAUGGAUGUUCGAAUUUACAGCCAGCCUUUGUUGGAGAUGAAAAUGUGAGGGGGCGUAAUGAAGGGAACCUGAAGAGGAGGAAUAGGUGGAACAGCAGCACUAGAUCACAAUGGCCCAAACCAGUUUGCUGCAAGGGAAGCGCUUUUACUGCCGGGAGUGGGUGUUCCAUAAGAUCCAGCAUUGCCUCCAGGAGAAAACCAACAACCUCAGCGGAGUGAUCAGCACUCCCAAUAAACAGCCCCCAUUGACACCCGGUGGUGGCGCAUCCAACCCUGGCAGCCUCACAGCUGGAUCUGCAAAGUCGGGUAGCUCCUGGGGCGUGUUGCUGGUGGGAGGGCCUGGAAGUGGGAAAACUGCACUGUGCACAGAGCUGUUAUGGCCCACGUCAGUCCAGGGAACCCACCGCGGUCUACACCAGCAGAGCCUGGCUUUCCACUUCUGCCGGGCAGAUGACUCGGACACGCUGUGUGUUGGCGGUUUCAUCCGAGGUCUGGUAACUCAGAUUUGUCACAGCGGGCUGGUGCCGGGAUACGAGGAAAAGGUGCGCGAUCCGGCUGUGCAGAGCACUUUGCAGCCUGGAGAGUGUGAGAGGAACCCCACAGAGGCUUUCAAGAGGUGCGUCCUCCUGCCUCUCUUGAGUGUGAAGCCUCCUCAGCAGGCACUCUUCCUGCUUGUGGACUCCAUUGAUGAAGGCUGGCAGCUGGGUGAGGGGGAGCAGAGGUCCUCGCCGGGUUCUCCCAGAACCAUUGCGGAGCUCCUGGCCAGUCAUCACGAGUUUCUGCCUCCCUGGCUGCUCCUCAUCUGCUCCGCACGGCGACAGAACAAAGCCAUUACCAAACUAUUCACAGGAUUCCGCAAAAUCAGCCUUGAUGAUCUGCGUAAGGCCUACAUCGUUAAGGAUGUGCAACAGUAUAUCCUUCACAGGCUGGAUCAGGAGGAGGCCCUGAGGCAGCAUCUGACCAAGGAGACAGCGGAGAUGCUUAACCAACUUCACAUCAAGAGCAGUGGUUGUUUCCUUUACCUGGAACGUGUGCUGGAUGGCGUGGUGGAGAGCUUUAUCAUGCUUCGUGAAAUCCGUGACAUCCCGGGCACUCUUAAUGGCCUCUACCUGUGGCUCUGCCAGAGACUAUUUGUCAGAAAACAGUUUGCCAAAGUACAACCGAUUCUUAAUGUAAUCCUUGCAACUUGCAGGCCGCUCACAGUCAAAGAACUGUAUCAUGCAGUCUGGACCAAAAACAUGACACUGACCAUGGAAGAGUUUCAGAAAAAGAUGGACAUUCUUUCCAAGUUAUUGGUCGAUGGCCUCGGGAGCACUAAAAUCCUUUUUCACUACAGUUUUGCAGAGUGGCUGCUAGAUGUUAAGCACUGCACCCAAAAGUACUUGUGCAAUGCAGCAGAGGGACACAGAAUGUUGGCGAUGAGUUAUACUUGCCGGGCAAAGCAGCUUAAGCCACUCGAGGUGCAGGAAUUUGCAUUGCAUCUUGUUAACUCCAAUCUGCAGAUUGAGCCAUUUAAUCUGGCUCUUUGGAUGGUUUGGAAUGGAACCCCUGCUAAAGACUCUCUGAGCACCUCCAUACCAAGGGAACAGGAGGUUCUACAGCUUCUGGUCAAAGCUGGUGCACAUGUAAACAAUGAGGAUGAUCAUGCUUCAUGUAUUGUACAACAGGCCCUAGAAAGAGAGGACUCUAUACGGACAUUACUUGACAAUGGGGCAUCUGUGAACCAGUGUGACUCUAGUGGCAAAACUCUGCUGAGUAAUGCUGCAUAUAGUGGAAACCUCGAUGUUGUCAACUUGCUUAUAUCCAGAGGAGCAAACAUGGAGCUAGAAGACAACAAUGGACAAACAGCGCUUACUCUCGCUGCAAGGCAGGGCCACACGAAAGUGGUCAACUGCCUCAUUGGCUGUGAGGCCAACAUCAACCACACAGAUCAUGAUGGAUGGACUGCUCUCCGCUCAGCAGCAUGGGGUGGACAUUCAGAAGUCGUCUCUGCCCUGCUUUAUGCUGGUGCCAAAGUGGACUGUGCUGAUGCCGAUGGCAGAACUGCUUUGAGAGCUGCCGCUUGGGGAGGUCAUGAAGACAUUGUGUUGAACCUUCUUCAGCAUGGGGCUGAGGUCAACAAAGCAGACAAUGAAGGAAGAACAGCUCUUAUUGCUGCAGCAUACAUGGGACACAGAGAGAUUGUUGAGCACCUGCUGGACCACGGAGCUGAAGUUAAUCACGAAGACGUUGAUGGAAGGACUGCCCUUUCAGUCGCUGCUCUCUGCGUUCCUGCAAGUAAAGGCCAUGCAUCGGUCGUGAGCCUUUUGAUCGACAGGGGUGCAGAGGUUGACCACUGCGAUAAAGACUGCAUGACACCUCUCCUUGUGGCUGGCUAUGAAGGACAUGUAGAUGUAGUUGAUUUGCUUUUGGAAGGUGGAGCUGAUGUGGAUCAUACAGACAACAAUGGUCGCACCCCUCUUCUGGCUGCUGCAUCAAUGGGCCAUGCAUCUGUUGUCAACACACUGCUUUUUUGGGGAGCUGCUGUUGAUAGCAUCGACAGCGAGGGAAGGACUGUGCUGAGCAUUGCAUCUGCUCAGGGUAACGUGGAGGUGGUCAGAACUCUGCUGGACAGAGGUCUUGACGAGAAUCACCGGGAUGAUGCAGGCUGGACCCCGCUACACAUGGCCUCAUUUGAGGGCCACCGGCAAGUUUGCAAUGCCCUUAUUGAACAAGGUGCUCGCUGCACAGAGGUAGAUAACGAUGGUAGAAUACCGCUGAUAUUAGCUGCACAAGAGGGACAUUAUGACUGUGUGCAAAUUCUUCUGGAACACAAGUCGUGCAUUGACCAGAGGGGAUAUGAUGGGAGGAAUGCUCUCAGGGUAGCUGCACUAGAAGGUCACAGGGAGAUUGUUGAACUGCUGCUGAGCCACGGUGCUGAUAUAGAUUACAAAGAUGCAGAUGGACGCCCAACGCUUUACAUAUUAGCACUUGAAAAUCAGCUGGCCAUGACAGAGUAUUUCCUUGAAAAUGGAGCAAAUGUGGAAGCUUGUGACACUGAGGGCAGAACAGCCCUCCAUGUAUCCUGCUGGCAAGGGCAUAUUGAAAUGGUGAGGCUGCUGAUUAACUAUCACGCUGACGUGAAUGCCUGUGACAAUGAGAAGCGAUCUGCCCUCCAGUCUGCCGCAUGGCAAGGCCAUACAAAAGUUGUGCAGUUUUUGAUAGAGAAUGGCACACAUGUAGAUCACACAUGCAAUCAGGGAGCAACGGCACUAGGCAUAGCUGCCCAGGAGGGUCACAUCGAUGUAGUACAAAUACUUCUCGAAAACGGUGCUGACCCCAAUCAUGCCGAUCAGUUUGGAAGAACAGCAAUGAGGGUAGCAGCAAAAGGUGGCCAUUCAAUGAUUAUAAAACUUCUAGAAAAAUAUGGAGCUACAACUCUAAAUGGCUGCAACCCCUCCCCGGUGCAUACCAUGGAAGAAAAAACACCAUUGGCAGUGAGUGGUAAAAUGCAGUCUCUCACCAUCAAAUCAAGCAGUUCUGGCAGCACCGGGGCAGGAGAUAUGCAGUCAUCUGGACGUGGUCUACAGAACGGGCCUGUUCAUGCCUUCAGCUCGCCAUCGGAGUCUCCUGAUUCCACUGUAGAUAGACAGAAAUCCUCCUUGUCAAAUAAUUCCCUCAAGAGUUCAAAGAACUCCUCUUUGAGAACCACAUCAUCUACAGCCACAGCGCAAACGGUGCCGAUUGACAGUUUUCACGGACUGACGUUUACAGAACAGAUUCAACAGCACUCACUGCCUCGCAGCCGGAGCAGACAGUCCAUCGUGUCUCCUUCCUCUACCACAAAGUCCAUUACUCAGCAGCCAUCAUCUCCAUCCAAUGACUUUGACUGGUCUCAGCUGAAAUCUGGUCUUAAGUCCACAAAGGGAACCAAAACUGGAAAUAGCACAGCAAACAGCAAAACAGCACUGGGAGACAAGAAGAAAAUCAAGAACAGUGGCUCAACCCAGGGUCAGGUUCUGGAGUAUGAGAUGACCCAGUUUGACAAGAGAAUUGCCAUUAACAAAUCGGUAGCCAACAUAGCAGUGAAAGAUCCUCAUUGCAAGAUCGUGAUUGGCGGCUCAGUUCAACAGGAAAGGGGACAAUGCCAGGAUCAAUUUUUCAUACAGCAGCAGAGCUGUUCCGAGAAGAAGAGGAACGGUAUCAUGACUAACCCCAACUAUCACCUACAGGGUAAUCAGGUUUUCUUGGGUAGGGUAUCAGUUCCACGGACUGUUCAGAACAGAGGCCACCAGGAUGUUCUAGAGAACUAUCCCAUAGGGGAAACAGAGCUAAGCCUUAAACAAGCCCUGAAACUGCAGCUUGAAGGAUCAGACCAUGGGUUUAACUACAAAAAGGAGACUCCGUUAUAGCUGGUAAGAGGCACUUUUUGAAAUAAUCUUCCAGCAUGUGAUCUUAAUGCGAUACAGCAAGCAUGUUUAGAUGGUGAAAUCAAGGCCAGGGUGACAGCACACAGCAAACAACACAUAUUUUUUGGCUUAUCUAAGGACUAAUAAAGAGGCGAAUAACUGGCACAUAGAUGAUACUGGAAUGCAUUCAGUAGAACCGCCAUUAGUUGGAUUUAAUCAGGCUUGCAUGAAGAAUGCCUCCCAAACAAAACAUUAACCCAAAUCAUUCCUGUGCGAUUUCAGAUGUCUUGAAUGCCAUUCGUCACGCAGACGGUGGAGGGAAUGUGCCAAAGCAACUGUUUUCAUCUGCAUAAAAAAUACUUUUGGUUUAUUUUUAUCCCCCCCCCCCAUCAGUGGGAGACCUCAAAAUAUUACCUAGGGAAGAUCGAUUGCUGCCUAAGGCUUAUGUGAACUGAUACUUCAAUGUGCCUACAUCUGUUACAGCCUUCUUCAUGUAUCCAUGCAAACUAUCAUUUUAAUUUAAUGUAAUGCUAUUUAAUAAACAGUGUAUGCACUUUUAAAAGAGUCAAAUGACAGACAUGCAUUCGUUCAAGUCACUCGUAUCCCAUCCUUGUUUUAUCCAAGUAAAACAUACCAAUGCUUUUUAUUAUUUUGUAUUACGUUUGUUCGACUUUUUAAACACUGACAGCAAUGUACCACUGGGUACACUGUAACAAAUCAGAGGACACAACAGUAACUGAUGCCAUGGUGUGAACUUAAGCGCAUUGAUAGUCUGCCUUUUCUAGAGACCCCAAAUAAUCUGUGUUUAACUUUGAUCAGUGUGUUAAACUUAGUUUGUGUGUGAUAUGUCAAUAGCUAUUUUCAUCACGAGUAUAUACAAGUGUAUUUAUUUUUGGAAAAAAGCCACCUUUUGUUUUCACAUUACAUCCUACCAUGGUGCUGUGCUCAGACGUUGCCUGCAGUUAUUUUCCAACUCCCAAUUUGUUGGCUUUGUGAGUUUGUGCAUUAUUAAAAUAUCUAAGAAAGAGGGAGGAUCACUGAAAAUGUAAACAAAAAAAAAUAAUGAAUUUGUCCCUAUGGGAUUUUUUUUUUUUUUUUUUGAGUUGUUGUGUUGUGCGUCCUGUUUUGUGUGCAUAAAGAAUAUUUAAAUUACCCAUUUUGGUGCUAAAAGCAGCAGUUUCAAGUGAUUAAAAAAACGCAUUUGUCGGCACAGGUACAUGUAUAACCUACUGCAGUGCAAGAAACAAAAUUCAAGCUUUGUUUCCUUAUUGUCGUGUGGUUAAUUUUCAGGGGCGUGACACACAAAGACUCAAAAAGGGUUCAGCCAUUAAGACAACUACUAGCUGUCAGUGACAUUGUCUGAAAUGCAAAGUUGUAAAGCCAAAGUUGAAAUGACAUACCCCCGUCUCACCUCCUCCCUGCGAGAAGCUGAGGAUCAGCCCGGCGGGAGAAUGAGGGGAGGAGGUGCUCAGCUGUGACACUGAGGGAACUCAAACAUCUGUUUCUUAUGAAUUUUGUGGAGCUGCGUUAGCGUUUACAGGCUGUCUCAUAUUUUUUUUUGUGCAGGCUUUUGAUAAUGUUAACAGUGAGCUAUAUUUUACCAAGAACCGGGAUCAGGGGAAUAGAAACCUAUCGCAUGCACCAACACUUAUAAGCCCUAGUGAAAGCUCUUCAGUACUACAGUAGCUCAAACGUAUGCCAUGAAGGGUCAGUAGAAGGACUGUAAGCAGGACCGUUGGAAAACAUACUGUAUAGUCUUAUUGAGCAGUUAUCUUGUUUGUCUUGACUGUGUUUUGUCUGCCAUCUUUGAUUUGACUGUCAGUGAUUGGAUUGUAAAUAGCUUACCAUGUACAUUCAACUUUCAUUUAAAAAGAAUUCCUGUAUUAUAUGAAGUGGAAUUUUCUGAUGUAUAUUA